AUGGAUAUAUUUGAUCCUUUAAGUGAACAGAGUAUCAAAUAAUUUUUAGAAUCUAAGAAAAGUUAAAUUUAUAGUAAAACAAUUUUGAAGGCAAUAGAUUUUCUUAAAACUAAAUAAUAUUUAGUUUAAAAAUUGAUUAAUUGUGGAGAAUUUGGAUUAGUUUUUUAAGUAUUAGAUACCUCGAAUAAUAAUGUUGUUGCAAUAAAACAAUUGAUAACACAAGACAAAGCUUCUUUAAACGAAGUUUAAAAAGAAUUUAAUAAUUUUAAAUAAUUUAAUCACCAAAAUGUUAACAAAUGCCACACCUAAAUUUACGAUGAUGUUAAUGAAUCAUUAUUUCUAGUAUCUGAAUUUUGUACAUUUGGAGAUCUAUCAACAUAUCUUCAGUAGUAGGAAUUAACAAAAGGAGAAAUAAUUAAAAUUAUGAAAAACUUAAUUUAAGGGAUGAUUGAAAUUCAUUCAAAAAAUUUAAUUCAUAGCGAUAUUAAACCUUAAAAUAUUUUGAUAGGAAAUAAUUUAAACCUUUAGAUUUGUGGCUUUGGUCUUUCAAAACUACUAAGCUUGGAUAAAUCACAAACUUUGGAUAACGGGUUAACAUAUUUUUAUUCACCUUUAGAGUAAGAUGAAGGAAAUAUUAAAUUAGAAUCUGAUAUUUACUCAUUAGGCUCGAUUUUAUUAUAAUUAUGUAGAGUAGAUUUUUGCAAUUACUAAAGUAUUUUAAACUUAAAAAAUGGUAACUUCGAGCAUAUAAAAUCUCCUGAAUUUGAAGAUCUUCUUUAAAUUGCAUUUAAAAUGAUGCAUAAGGACCCCGAGUAGAGACUAAAGCUUAUUGAUUCAAUUGACUAAUUAGAUUCUAUAUCCAUAAUACUUUAAAAUAAUAUUUAAAAUAUAGAUGGUUAAUAUUAAGGAGAGCUUUAAAAUAAUAUAAGACAUGGUCUAGGAACCUAAAUAUAUAAUUAAAGUCAUGAACUAAAUAUUUCAUAUUAUGGCUCUUGGAGAAAUGAUUAAAAAGAAGGUUUAGGAUGUUAGUCCUUUAAGAAUGGAAAUAGUUAUGUAGGGUGGUGGAAAAGUAAUUAAAUGCAUGGAAAAGGAAUUUUAAGCUAUUCUAAUGGAAAUAGAUAUGAAGGAGAAUUCAUAAAUGAUAAGAGAGAAGGUUAUGGAAUUUUGUAUUAUUCUAAUGGAAAUAGAUACGAAGGAAAUUUCAAAAAUGGCUUUGCAGAUGGUAAAGGAACCCUAAUUUGUGCAAACGGAGAGUUACAUAAAGGAUAGUAUAAGUAUAGUAAAAGAAAUGGCUAAGGCAUAUUAUUAUAUUCUAAUGGAAGCAGAUACGAAGGAGAGUUCAAAGACGAUAAAAUAAAUGGAAUAGGAAUUUUAUAUUAUAAUGAUGGAGCUAAAUACGAAGGGGAAUUUUAAAAUGGAUUUGCCCAUGGGCAAGGAACUUUAUUAAUGGCUAAUAAAGAUAAAUAUGUAGGAGAAUUUAUUAACAACAAAAGAGAAGGCAUGGGAAUAUUGUAUUAUUUUGAUGGAAAUAGAUACGAAGGAGAUUUCAAAGAUGAUAAAAAAGAUGGAAAAGGAAUACUAUAUUAUUCUAGUGGAGCUAAAUACGAAGGGGAGUUUAAAAAUGGAUUUGCUCAUGGAAAAGGGACUUUUUUGAAGAGUAAUAAAGAUAAAUAUAUAGGAGAAUUUAUUAAAAACAAAAAAGAAGGUAUGGGAAUAUUGUAUUAUUAUGAUGGAAAUAGAUAUGAAGGAGAUUUCAAAAAUAAUAAAAGAGAUGGAAAAGGAAUACUAAAUUAUUCUGAUGGAGCAAAAUAUGAAGGGGAGUUUAAAAAUGGAGUUGCUCAUGGGAAAGGGACUUUUUUUCAUACCAAUAAAGAUAGAUAUGUAGGAGAAUUUAUUAAGGACAAAAAAGAAGGCAUGGGAAUAUUGUAUUAUUUUGAUGGAAAAAAAUACGAAGGAGAUUUCAAAAAUAAUAAAAAAGAUGGAAAAGGAAUACUAAAUUAUUCUGAUGGAGCAAAAUAUGAAGGGGAGUUUAAAAAUGGAGUUGCUCAUGGGAAAGGGACUUUUUUUCAUACCAAUAAAGAUAGAUAUGUAGGAGAAUUUAUUAAGAACAAAAAAGAAGGAAUAGGAAUAUUUUAUGAUUUUGAUGGAAAUAGAUAUGAAGGAGAUUUCAAAGAUAAUAAAAGAGAUGGAAAAGGAAUAAUAUAUUAUUCUAAUGGAGCUAAAUACGAAGGGGAAUUUAAAAACGGACUUGUUCAUGGAAAAGGGACACUUUUUAUGGCUAAUAAAGAUAAAUAUGUAGGAGAAUUUAUUAACGGCAAAAAAGAAGGCAUGGGAAUAUUUUAUUAUUUUGAUGGAAAUGAAUAUAAAGGAGAAUUCAAAGAUAAUUAAAGAGAUGGAAAAGGAAUACUAUAUUAUUCUAAUGGAGCUAAAUACGAAGGAGAGUUUAAAAAUGGAUUUGCUCAUGGAAAAGGGAUUUUUUUGAUGAUUAAUAAAGAUAAAUAUGUAGGAGAAUUUGUUAACAGCAAAAGAGAAGGCCAAGGAAUAAUUUACUAUAAUAAUGGUAGUCGAUUUGAAGGUGAAUUCAAAAAUGAUGAAAAAAUAAAGGGCUAAAUAAUAAAUAAUGAUGGCUCAAUAAAAUUAUUUUGCAGUUAUUGA